AUGUAUCCUAGAGGAGAAAGACUGGAGAAAUGUACUGAUGAUGAGGGGAAAAAAAGAGGAAGUGGUGGUGCGAGGGCUGUGGCACAGCUAGCAGAGCUGUGGUCCGGACCGCAGCGUGUGCCCGAAGCUCUCCGCCUUCCUCCACCUGCCAGCCCGAGGCAGCCCGAGCCCAGCCCCUGGCCCCAGCAGCAGCCCCGAGAGCACUCCAGUAGCAGCACCACGGCCGGGUGGUACACCUACAAAGACAAGCUCAUGGCGGAAGGGACCUGUCAGGACGCGGCCACCGUGGGCUAUAAGAACUUGCCCUCCGUCUGGGCAGCCGUCCCUGGAAAAAACUUCGUCAACAUCACGCCAGCUGAGGUUGGUGCCCUGGUUGGCAAAGACGGGUCAAUUUUUUACGUGAAUGGGCUAACGCUUGGGGGCCAGAAAUAGUCUGUGAUCCAGGACUCACUGCUGCAGGAUGGGGAAUUUACCAUGGAUCUUCGUACCAAGAGCACCUGCGGAGCCGCCACCUUCGAUACCAUUGUUACCCUGAAUGCCAAGACGCUAGCCCUGCUGAUGGGCAAAGAAGGUGUACAGGAUGGUAUGAUCAACAAGAAAUGUUAUGAAAUGGCCUCCCACCUGCGGCGUUCCCAAUACUGACCUCGUCUGUCCCUCCCCGCCCCCCACUCCCCACUGCUUUUGCACACCUCUACAUCCCACACACACGUACACCAUUUUUAUUUUGAGGGCCAUUACCCCACACCCCUUAUGCUGCCAAAACCACAUGGGCUGGGGACCUGGGCAGGAAGGACAGACACGCUUCCCCCAACCCAUGCCCCUCCUGUGUGUGGUUUGAAAACUUUUCUGUUUUGGGCUUUUUCUUUUUCCCAAUAAAAAAGGUUAUACU